AGUGGCUGCGCCGUAUAAAGCGUCCCCGGAUCCCAUCGCCAGCCUCCUGCAUUCCCCGCACACAGCCCCGCCUCCGUGCUCCUCUCAAGCUGCUCCCGCCCACCAUGGUCUUCCCUCUCAUGACCCCCUACGUCACCCCCCACAUCCUCCACAAGAACUACGCACAGGCCUCCGACAACGAGAUCAUGUCAAACCUCAUCGGCCGCGAUCUCGAGUACUUCUCCCAGGCAGGCUUCGACAUGGACAAGAUCACUCUCAAGCGCAACGCACCCGUCGCCCUCCUCUACGAAGACGCCAUCCGCAACGAGGGCGCCAUCAUCUCCUCCUCCGGCGCACUCAUCAACUUUUCCGGCAAGAAGACCGGCCGCUCCCCCAAAGACAAGCGCAUCGUCUACGAGGACACCAGCAAGGACGACAUCUGGUGGGGCAGCGUCAACAUCAAGAUGGACGAGCACACCUUUGAGAUCAACCGCGAGCGCGCGAUCGACUACCUCAACACCCGCGACAACGUCUACGUCUUUGACGGCUUCGCAGGCUGGGACCCAAAGUACCGCAUCAAGGUCCGGGUCAUCUGCGCCCGCGCCUACCACGCCCUCUUCAUGAACAACAUGCUCAUCCGCCCGACGGAGGAGGAGCUCGCGAACUUUGGCGAGCCCGACUUCAUCAUCUACAACGCGGGCCAGUUCCCCGCGAACAGGUUCACAAAGGGCAUGAGCUCCACCACCUCCGUCGAGAUCAACUUCAAGCGCAUGGAGAUGGUCAUCCUCGGCACCGAGUACGCCGGCGAGAUGAAGAAGGGCGUCUUCUCCGUCAUGCACUAUCUCCAGCCCGUCAAGUUCAACACGCUCUCCCUCCACUCGUCGGCGAACGUCGGCAUGGAGAACAACGACGUGACGCUCUUCUUCGGGCUGUCGGGGACGGGCAAGACCACGCUCUCCGCGGACCCGCGCCGGCUGCUCAUCGGCGACGACGAGCACGUCUGGUCCGACACGGGCGUGUUCAACAUCGAGGGCGGGUGCUACGCCAAGUGCAUCAACCUCUCCGCCGAGAAGGAGCCGGAGAUCUUCAACGCGAUCCGCUUCGGGAGCAUCCUCGAGAACGUCGUCUACAACCCCGUCUCGCGCGUGCCCGACUAUGACGACGUCGGCAUCACGGAGAACACGCGCUGCGCGUACCCGAUCGAGUUCAUCCCCAACGCGCAGAUCCCGUGCGCCGUCGACCGCCAGCCGAGCAACAUCAUCAUGCUCACCUGCGACGCCUUUGGCGUCCUCCCGCCCGUCAGCAAGCUCACCCCCGAGCAGGCCAGCUACCACUUCCUCGCGGGCUACACCUCGAAAACCCCCGGCACGGAAGACGGUGUGCUGGAGCCCAUCCCCACCUUCUCCACGUGCUACAGCGCGCCCUUUAUCGUCCUCCACCCCGGCCGCUACGCCUCGAUGCUCGCGGAGCGCAUGGCGAAGCACAAGGUCGACUGCUGGCUCAUCAACACCGGCUGGACGGGCGGCAAAUUCGGCACGGGCAAGCGCUGCCCGCUCAAAUACACGCGGCGCAUCGUCGACGCGGUGCACUCGGGCGAGCUCGCCGCGGCCGAGUACGAGACCUUCGGGACGUUCAACCUCGCGAUCCCGACCGCGCUCGAGGGCGUGCCGCGCGACCUGCUGAACCCCGAGCGCGCGUGGGCGGAUCGCGCGGCGUUCGAGCGCGAGGUGCGGAAGCUGGGCGUGAUGUUUACCCGGGCGUUCAAGAACUACGAGCAGGACGUGGACGUCAAGGUGAAGCUUGCCGGGCCGCAGCUCAAGCCGCAGUAGUCGCGGGCGGGCGGGUGGGGCCCAUGGCGUUUUUUUUUUGAUCGUUAGACGGGCGGGCGCGAGGGCGCGAGGGUGUGAUUGUACGGGUUGGCAGGCACGCGAGCGAGCGCACACACACACACACACAUCUAGGUUCAUCGUGGUAUUAUAGCGGAUCAUCAUGUAUAGAUAGACUAUUGCGAACGAGCGAACGAGCGAACGAACGAACGAGCACGAAGGCUGAAGACGGGGCGUACAAAGUGGCGGAGAGAGAAAACGGAGCGCUUGAGAGUGCGUCGCCAGGGUCGCCGCUUUUUGUUCUUGCGGUGCGUGGUGCGUGGUGCGUGGUGCGUGGUGCGUGGUGCGUGGUGCGUUGUGGGGAGAGGCGGCCCUGGCGAUUCGAGAUCGGAGAUCGGAGAUCGGGGACGUUCUCGGCUGUUUAUCAGGGUGGCGGCGAGAGCUGGCGGGAGACGAACGGGACGGGGCGAAGUGCCAAGUGCCAAAUGCUAAGUACCAAGAAGUGCCCAAGCGCUUAUGCGCUUAUGCAUUCACGGCCCAGCGCCGACGAGCGCGACGAGCGCGACGGGCGCGACGGGCGGCCGAGUCGUGGCUCGCGCGCCGACUCGGAUACCCGCUGCCUCCCGCUGCCUCCCGCUGCCUCCUGCUGCCUCCCGCUGCCU